GAAUAUCACUUGGUCAUCAUAAAUCAUCAUCGCCGCUAGGCAAGAAAGCCCAAAUGGUUCCAAGGGUUGAUAAAAGUCCACAUAUUAAGAUGAUUGCCACAUUUAGAAUGUAUUCUUUCCACCUCAACUCACGCCCAUAUAAUUUCAGAUGGCAUAUACAAGGGAAUAUGGCCGAAAUG